AUGGAGCGCAUCGUCCGCCCUGUAUCCCGGCAAUUGCUACGCCCUCGUCUGAGAUAUCCUUUCCCUAUUCCAGCAUCGCCUGUCGCUAAGAGGCUCUACACUAUGGGAAGCAGACCUGAGUUGAAGGACAAAUCCCUCCUCAUCGAGAAAUCUUACAUCAAUGGCGAAUGGGUGGGCGCUCAGUCGGGCGCAACCUUCGAGGUCCAUGAUCCUGCCACCGGUCACUUGAUCGGAACAUGCCCCGAACUCAGCACUAGCGACGUCGAAAAAGCCAUCGAGGCAGCCUCGGAGGCCUUCCCCAAAUUCCGCUCCCUCCUCGCCCGCGAGCGCGCCCGCAUGCUCCGCCGCUGGUACCAGCUAAUGAUCGAUAAUGCCGAGGAUCUCGCUACGCUGAUCACCUGGGAGAAUGGCAAGCCGCUGGCCGACGCCAAGGGCGAGGUGAACUAUGCCGCCUCGUUCUUCGAGUGGUUCAGCGAGGAGGCGCCCCGCGUGUACGGCGACACGAUUCCCUCCAGUGUGCCCGGAAACCGUGUUAUGACUAUCAAGCAGCCCGUUGGUGUGUGCGGUCUGAUCACCCCUUGGAACUUCCCGGCUGCGAUGAUUACCCGCAAGAUCGGUCCUGCUUUGGCGGCGGGCUGUACCGUUGUGGCGAAGUCGCCUGCAGAGACUCCCUUCACGGCCAAUGCGCUCGCGGAGCUGGCGCAUCGUGCUGGCAUUCCGAAGGGUGUUGUGAAUAUUGUCACUGCGGCGAAGAACACUCCUGAUGUAGGAGAGCUUAUUAAUACCCAUCCUGAGGUCCGCAAGGUGUCGUUCACCGGUUCGACUAAUGUCGGCCGUCUGCUUAUGAAGCAGGCCUCUUCUACGCUCAAGAAGGUUUCAUGGGAGCUCGGUGGCAACGCCCCAUUCAUCGUGUUCGACGACGUGGAGGACCUCGACACUGCCGUCGCAGGCGCCAUCGCCUCCAAGUUCCGCAGCUCCGGCCAGACUUGCGUCUGCGCCAACCGCAUCUACGUGCAGAGUGGCAUCUACGACGAGUUCGCCAAGCGCUUCACGGCCAAGGUCAAGGAAUUCAAGCUCGGAGUCGGAUUCGAGGAGGGUAUCACCCACGGCCCUGUGAUCCACGAGCGCGCCACUAGCAAGGUGCACGAGCACGUCCAGGACGCGACCAGCAAAGGUGCCAAAGUGCUUAUUGGUGGCCAGAAGGCUUCCGCGCUGGGACCCAACUUCUACGAACCUACCGUGCUUACUGGUAUGAGCAAGGAGAUGCUGAUUGCCUCGGAGGAGACUUUUGGACCCGUUGCUGGCCUCUUCGCUUUUGACACUGAGAAGGAGGUUGUUGAACUAGCUAACAAGGCCGAGGUUGGUCUUGCGGGCUACUUCUUCAGUAGCAAUGUUGGGCGGAUCUUCCGCGUUGCGGAGGCGUUGGAGGUUGGUAUGGUCGGUGUGAACACUGGUUUGAUCAGUGAUGUUGCCUCACCAUUUGGUGGUGUCAAGCAGAGUGGCUUUGGCCGCGAGGGCAGCAAGUACGGUAUUGACGAGUUCACGGUUAUCAAGAGCGUCACUUUUGGCGGUAUCGGAGCUCUACAAGCAUAA